AUGAGUGAUGAGUUCAAUCUCUUUGGGAAUAUAGGAGAUAAUCCACUGGGCAGCGGUGACCAAUUGGAUGCCCUAUUUAAGAAGUUGGAAGAGGAACAACAUCAAUUAAAGCAACAUUCAGGACCAGCUUCGAGCACAAAUUCCUUACUAUCGAAUAUACCACAGACAAUUGAAGAAUCACACAUUAGUGCAAGUCUACAUGCAUCAAUGAGGGUGGAAAGUACGCAUUCCUCUGGAGGUCCGAUUCCAUUUAAACUACAUCAUUCAAAACCUACUGAGACAAAGCAGGCAAUACAAAAAGUGCAGAAGGAUCAGGGCAAAGACAGAGGAGAACAACCAAAGAAAAAGCGCCACUAUAAAAAGCGGACAAAAAAAAAUAAGGGGAAGGGGGAGUUGGAUUUUGAUCUUGAGAAACUGACUACAGAUGAUAUCCUGAAUUAUAGCCCAGGUCUGCUUUUUGGAGACAAGCAGGAUUCACCUUCAGGAAGCAAUGGAAAUAUUCGAAACGCACUAUCAACAAGCACUGCAGAUGAAGCUGAUAUUCAAAGUUUUAUGCGGAGUCUUGAUCCGGACAAUGUAGGACUUGGGGAUUUACCAUUUUUGGGUUCAGGAGGUGUGUCUUCAACAGAUGAGGAGCCAAAACAUAAAAGAGGCCCCGGAAGACCAAGGAAGAAGAGAAAAUACACAAAGCACAAAAAAGACCCAAAUGCUCCCAAGAAGCCCAAGAAGCCCAGAAAGCCAAGAAAACCAAGAAAGAAGAAGGCAACUGAAAGUACUGGCUUUAAUGGUAUGAUGGACAGUACAGGCCUUGUCUCGCUGAAAACAGAAGAAUCCAGUUCGGAUGUUGCAUUAUCUCGGAGUGCAUCGGUUCUAGAGGAAAGCUCAGCGAAGGCGAAAAGUUCCAAUAAAAUUCGCAUUAACAUACCAGAGUCGUUAGACCAGGGAGCAUACUUCAAAAAUAAUAUGCACAUACACGGGUCCCAGUUGAGCGAAGCUCAGGCUCCUAAGCACAAGGAACACAAGAAGAAAAUAAAAUUACCGGAACCGGAAAAACCACAGCCACUUGACGAGAACGGUGUGCCUUUGGACAUGAUAGCCGGAAUGAAGUAUCUACAGACAAAGUUUGAGGCAUACAAAGAAGUGAACAUUGCAGAAAAGCUUCUUUCUAAGAAAAGAGAUGAGGACGAAGGUAUUGAGAGAGACGAUAAUGACCCCGAUGAGCCAGAGUUUGGUGACUUGUUAGAUCUCUUUGGUAUUAACCCGGAGGAGAUAUCCCUAGAUCUCACAUUGAAUGAGAAGAGGCGACUUCUUCUUGAGAGUAUGGACAAAGAGCAAAUGUCGCGGUAUGAAUUUUUCCGGAGAACAAACUUGAAUACGGGAAGUGUCAGGAGGCUUGUGAGUAGCACAAUAGGGCAGAGUAUCAGUACCAGUUUGGCAAAAAUUAUAGGUGGUGUGGGUAAGAUGUUUGUUGGCAACAUAGUAGAAAGAGCCAAGGAUGCUCAGAGAAAACAGUUUGAAAGCCAGGUCAUACAGCAGUUAAACUACAAGCGAGCAUUGAAGAAGUAUGAGAAUGCACUUCAACGGUUAAAGGCCGAGGGUGGAACCGAUUUUUCACAAAUCCAGAAACCUGGUCCCCCGCCAACAUUUUACGAGGAGUUACGUGAUCAGAGUAAGUUCCCGAGACGAAACCCAUACACCUAUAAUAACUUUAGGGUGAUCAUACCUGAUGCAAACACGCAUCUUACUGCCGAUCACAUACGUGCGGCAUACAAACUUUAUGGGCAGGAAACGUCUUACGAUAUAAAUGGAAGAUGGAGUCAGCAGGGGGGUGGAAAUGGCCUGUUGUUUCGCUGA